AUGGCGAAGACGUUGGUGCGUUCUCCAGCCUUCAUCCAUGGCAUAACUGUGGUGAUAGUGAUUAACCUUGUGGUGCUUGGUAUCGAGGUAGAUAUGUCAGCCUCACUUGGUCAAGAUGAUAUUCCCAUCGUGUUUCCUAUUGCCAACAUGCUGGUUAUUAUCAUCUUCCUUGUCGAGCUUUGUGCCAAUCUGCUUGCCUUCGGCUUCCGUGAAUUCUUCUGUGGCCGCGAGCGCUAUUGGAACUUGUUUGACUUUUUCAUCAUACUGGUGUCGGUGUUGGAGACAGUUCUUGAGUUUUGGGCGCAGACCUCGUCCACUUCCCAGGUCAGUGCAAGCCACCUGCGAUUCGCACGCGCCGUGCGCUUGGCCCGAGCGUUGCGUGGCAUCCGCGUGAUGCGGCUGCUCAGGUACGUGAGUGCCCUGCGAACCCUGGUGCUGUCCAUCAUGAGCAGCCUGCACAGCCUGCUGUGGACGCUGGUGCUCCUCCUCCUGGUUUUCUAUUCCUUCGGCGUGCUUUUUACCCAGCUAGUCUUGGACGACUGCAGACUCCAGGAGAUGCUGGCAACUGGCAAUCGAAACGCUCUUCCUGUUUGCAAUCGAAACGCGCCUCCUGUUUUCGAGGAUCGUGGUGCGGUCGAGUUUUGGACAAGUGUGCCCGACAGCAUGCUGACCCUCUUUAUGUCCAUCACCGGUGGCCUCGAUUGGUAUUCGGCGCUGAAGCCUCUCACUUCUUUGGAGACGGGCUCAGGGCCGCUGGCGGUUGUGUGUCUGCUGAUUUAUAUAACAUUCACGUGCUUUGCCGUCAUCAAUGUGAUGACUGCUGUUUUUUGUUCGACUGCGAUGGACAGUGCAGCUGCUGACAAAGACCUGGCUGUCAUGAAGCAAAUGCAAAGACACUCUUCGCAGGUGCACGAAUUGCAACACAUGUUCCAUGAGAUCGUGGGCGAGAACGACGGCGACGAAGUGAGCAUUGAAGACUUUAAGAGAGCGCUCUCUUCGCCAAAGUUUGCUGGGUUUCUGGAGUCGAUGAGUAUCUCUACGGAGGAUGUGGGCGUACUGUUCACGUUCAUGGACACAGACAGGAGUGGACUUGUGGACUUGGAUGAGUUUGUGAAUGGGUGCUUGAACCUACACGGGCCAGCGAAGAGCCUCCAGCUCGCCAGAAUGAGUUUCGAGAACAAGCUGACCAGACGCGAGAUCAAGACUCUCAAGUUUGCAGUUGGUGAGGUGCGAAGGCUGUUACACCAUUGCGUCUUGCGACCUGGGAAUCAACAACAGAGUGUUUUUUGCGUGUGA